GGGAGGCGCGGCCAUGGCCUCCUUCAUGGUGCAGCACGGCGCGGGCAGAGCCAUCGCCAUGAAGGCUGCGGCGACGGCGAGGGAGAGGAAGCCGAGGCACAGCAACGGGACGGCGGCGGCGACGGCGGCCAAGAACACGAGCAAGCCCGAGCCCGGCAGGCAGCUCGCCGUCGUCAGGCUGUUCCCGGCGUGCCUCCUCGCCCUGCUGGUCUGCGUCUGCCUCGCCAAGUUCUUCUCUGCGCUGCCGUCUCAAGCCCUGUGGAUUGGAGCAGGGAGCAGGGUGGUGAGUUCUUGGGAGGGCAGUGCUGCUAGUACGAAUGUACCUCGAAGACCUGCUGCUCCUCUGAUUAUGGCCACAGUUUCUGAAGAUAUUUCGACAAGAUCGCCGGAAUUAGGUUCUGAGCUUAGAAGUGAAAGUUUUAAAAACGAGACAGAUUCAGAGAAUAAAUCAACUCCAGAGAGAAAGGUUGCAAUCUCUGCAGGGUAUGAUCCCCCUCCUGAACAGGAAGACUCUUUUAGGAAAUCACCACAGAUAGCAGUUUCAGAGAUUGAAGCUCCAAAACCUAGAAGUAAGAUGAGCUGUGAUGAUAAGAGUAAAGAUGAUGGCUUCCCUUAUGCAAGGCCAGUCGUCUGCCACAUGUCCGGUGACAUUAGAGUUGCUCCGGCUACCUCCUCGGUUACUCUGACCAUGCCAUCGCAGCAACGCGAGGCUGCGCCGCCGCCGCCGCGGCGCAUCAGGCCAUACGCACGCCAGGAUGAGUUCCUGCUGCCUCUUGUAAGAGAAGUGGCGAUCACAUCAGCUGCAAGCGAAGGCGAUGCUCCCAGAUGCAAUGUCAGCCAUGGUGUCCCUGCAGUCAUCUUCUCCAUCGGCGGCUACACCGGCAACUUCUUCCAUGACAUGGCUGACGUGCUGGUCCCUCUCUACCUCACCACCUUCCAUUUCAAAGGGAAGGUGCAGCUGUUCGUUGCAAACUACAAGCAGUGGUGGAUUCAGAAGUACAAGCCGGUGCUCCGGCGGCUGUCGCGUCGAGACAUCGUCGAUUUCGACUCCGACGGCAAUGUCCAUUGCUUCGAUCACGUGAUCGUUGGGCUGGUGAGAGACAGGGACCUGAUCCUUGGCCGGGAUCCGACGAGGAACCCCAAGGGAUACACCAUGGUCGACUUCACGAGAUUCUUGCGCCACUCGUACGGCCUGAGGAGGCACAGGCCGUCGGUGCUCGGCGAGACGAGCGGCAAGAAGCCGAGGAUGCUGAUCAUAUCGAGGCGACGGACGAGGAAGCUGCUGAACGCUCGUCAGGUGGCGGCGAUGGCGAGGGAGCUCGGGUUCGACGUGGUGGUGUCCGAGGCCGGCGGCGGCGGAGGCGGAGGCGUGAAGAGGUUCGCGGCGGCGGUGAACGCGUGCGACGUGCUGGUGGGCGUCCACGGCGCCGGGCUGGCGAACCAGGCGUUCCUCCCGACGGGCGGCGUGGUGGUGCAGGUCGUGCCGUGGGGGAGGAUGGAGUGGAUGGCGACCAACUUCUACGGCGCGCCGGCGGGUGGCAUGGGGCUGAGGUACGUGGAGUACCACGUCGCGGCGGAGGAGAGCAGCCUGGCGGCGAGGUACCCGAGGGAGCACGCCGUGUUCAGCGACCCCAUGGCCAUCCACGCCCAGGGCUGGGAGGCGCUCGCCGACGUCGUCAUGACGCAGGAUGUCAAGCUCAACCUCCGCAGGUUCAGGCCCACGCUUCUGCGUGUCCUCGACCUUCUCCAGGACUGACCAUUUCUUUUCAUUCUUCUUUUUCUUUCUCUUUCUCUCUCUUUUUUUUUUUGGUUUGUAUAUAUACAUAUAUAGUUCAUUCUUUGGCUCUUUGCUGAUUAAUUCUUUUUUUUCUUGACAUAACUUUUGUUCUUAUGUAUACUGGAAUGCGUACACUUAAA